GGUCUGUCACCUAAAAAAAACAACAUUAUUACGAGAGAAUUCGUAUUUUUAUGGCGAUUACUUAGGCGAUUAUAAAGUAUAAACUCGUUACCCAAAUUUAUUAGUACAUAGUACAUUCCCACAUUCUUACUAAAUCAAUAGUAAUUUUACGUUUUAGAAUGUAAAUAGCAGAGAUAUAUAUUUUAUCGACAUUCGACAAGAUGUCUUCGUAAAUAAUUUGUAAACAAGCUAUGAAGUCAUUCAAGUUGAUUGUUCAUCAAUCAAGUUUUAGUUCGGAGGAUCUGAUAAUAAACCUGAAAGAUUACCCCGGGUUAAAGGAAAAGGAUAUUGUUGAAAUUUAUCAUCCCGAAAAUGAUUAUCCAAGACUGCUUUUGCAAGUUACUAAAGUUGAUGCUCCAGGACGAGGAAGGGAUGCAAUCAGUGUGGAGCAAAGCAUUGCCACCACCUUCCAAUUACGUACAUUCGCAGAUGUUUAUGUGAAUAUUGUAAAUGUGCAAGAUGUUGCACUUGACUCUGUAGAACUGACUUUCAAAGAUCAGUACCUCGGGAGGUCUGAAAUGUGGAGGCUGAAAAACCAUUUGGUCAGUACUUGUGUAUAUCUCAAUAAGAAAAUAGAAUAUUGUGGAGGUGCAAUUAGAUGUCAAGUGUAUGAAAUGUGGUCUCAAGGUGACAGGGUCGCUUGUGGUGUUAUAACAGAGGACACCAAAAUUGUGUUCAGAUCUUCAACAUCUAUGGUCUACCUUUUCAUACAAAUGUCCUCUGAGAUGUGGGACUUUGAUAUUCACGGUGACUUGUACUUUGAGAAGGCUGUCAAUGGAUUUCUUGCAGAUCUCUUUGCUAAGUGGAAGAAAAAUGGCAGCAACCAUGAGGUGACUAUUGUAUUAUUUUCAAGAACUUUUUAUAAAGCCAAAACAUUAGAAGAGUUUCCCCAGCACAUGAAAGAGUGUUUACAGAAAGACUAUAGGGGAAGAUUUUAUGAGGAUUUUUACAGGGUGGCAGUCCAAAAUGAAAGGUACGAAGACUGGUCUAACGUUUUACUGCAGCUGCGGAGGCUUUUUACUGACUAUCAAAAAAUCGUAUUGCAAUACCAUGAAAGGCCUAACAUGGAAAUACCAACCGCCAUUAAUUCCACAGCAGCUCAGGGGAAUUUCCUUGAAGUUUUGAACAUGAGUUUAAAUGUUUUCGAGAAACAUUACUUGGACAGAUGUUUCGACCGCACAGGUCAACUUAGUGUCGUCAUCACGCCCGGCGUGGGAGUAUUCGAGGUCGAUAGAGAACUGACCAACGUCACGAAGCAAAGAAUCAUCGACAACGGCGUGGGAAGCGACCUCGUUUGCGUCGGCGAACAACCCUUGCACGCCGUACCCUUACUGAAGUUUCAUAACAAAGACAGCAAUAUUAACUCCAUAGAUGACUACUCUAUGCCGCAUUGGAUCAAUUUGUCCUUCUAUUCCACCAACAAGAAAGUGGCAUAUUCGAAUUUUAUACCAAGAAUCAAACUGCCGCCCAGGAAAAGUCAAGAGCCAUUAAAAAAGAUGUACGAGGAUGAGAGUAAAGGCAAACUGUUGAAGGAAGACGAUUAUAUGCACAACUCUAUAUUUGAUUACGACGCAUACGAUGCUCAGGUGUUUCAAUUGCCGCCCGCACAUAGUACAUGGGUGCAGAAAGUGGCUCGUACAAAAAAAACGUCAGUGGCAGGUUUGGAGGGCAUUAAUAGACGGAGUCCGCCAGCGUCAGCAAUUCAUCAUCGCAAAAUGUCCGAUCCAGACAUCCAUCAUAGCCUGGGAACAGAUAUAUUGACUAGUCCUAAAUACGGCGUAAACGAAGCCAACAACAGCGAUUCGACAGAUUCCUCGAUGUCAGUAAACCGCCUAUCGCCUAGGAGCUCGAUGUCGAACAAACCAGUGAUAAGGACUGGAAGGGCACUCAUCAACCCCUUCGAUCCGUCGCACGUGACCGUCAAGCUAACGAGUAACCGUCGAAGGUGGACACACAUAUUCCCUAAAGGUCCCACGGGAGUGUUGAUCCAACAACAUCACUACCAGGCGAGGCCUGCCGGCGAGCCCGCUUCGAGGCCCGGAGACAGCAAUAUUGCGAAAGAAAAUGGCGUGUCUGUUAUCAAUAACAACCACUCCGUGUAUCAAGUUGAUGGAAACAUCAUGAGUCGCAAACGCAUGAUAAGCGCUUCUGGCGCUGUGAGCGUUCUUGGAGCCGCUUUAAGCGCACCAUCCACGACUAACAACGCUUCCCUUGCUUUGCUUUGGGGAGCCACGGGCGAGCAAGAGUGGACUCCGGCCCUGACCACCGCGAACCGAGCCAUAGGUGUCGACUGGAAAUCAUUGACGAUCCCGGCGUGUCUGCCAAUCACAACUGAUUACUUCCCCGACAAACGGUCGCUACAAAACGAUUAUCUAGUGUCAGACUACAAUCUCCUGCCGGACGAUGUAAAUGCAGAUUUCGCGAGAAACAGAGCCAUCUACAAAGAGCCUCUCACCACUAUGGAAGUUUUUAAGGAGCUUGUUUCGCAACGAUUAGCCCAGGGCUUUCAGCUUAUAGUCGGAGUUAACGAAAGCGAAGUAACAGAAUCUCACUGUCCAUCAACUCUCGCACCUCCGCCAUCUAAAGUUGCCCCUCAGAGUGGAAAACUGACUAACUCAGCACCAACUAAACGCUACUUACUGUCCAUUGGUAGAAUCUUUCACGAAUUGACUCUAGUGGGCUCCACGAUUAGCGUCACACGAUAUAGGCCAAGACAUCCAUAUCCUCCAUUCAACAUCCACUACAGAUAUCGAUUCCACGCUCCAAACCACGACACAUAUGAGGUUUCCUGGGUAUCAUUUACUACAGAGAAGUUGGAAAACUACAAUUGGAAUUACAUGGACCACUACAUUUGUACUCGAGGAGACACCGAUUUCACUCUUGUUGAAGCACUAAAGUAUUGGCGUUUCCGUACACUUCUACUGCCACUUUACAACCCGGCCACUAAAACUAUCCUUGAAGACGAAUCGACGCACUGUGAUAUAUAUCCUACACCAACGCGACACGAUCUUGACCAUCUGACCGAAGGAUUCCUUAAAAUGACGGAAUCCUAUUUUAACAAAGUCAAAAGACCCAACAGGCAAAGGGUGGCGGGAGCGUGCGGCGCUUCGGAGUCGGCGCUAACGAGGCGACGGCACUCCACCUCCAUCCUCACGCGGAAUGCGCAGCAGGGUGGCGUGUCCAACUCCCCGUUCAGAGAACGCGUCGGCAGCACACGCCUACCCGACCGCCCGCGGCUUCGGAUCGAAGCUAUAGCAGCUGCCAAAACCGUUCUGGAAAGAUCGCAAUCUCAGACAGGUGAAUGCGACGACACAUACGAUGAUGGAGUUAUUGAACCAAAGCUAAAGGCCAAUGCAACGUUGCAAGAGAUCAUAGAGCGCAUGCGUCACCCAACUCUAGGCGUGGGCUUCUUACAGCAGACAGUCAGCUUGCCUUCACACACCUUCGUAUCGAUAUACGCUAUUCAAUGGCUGCAAGCUAAUAUGGAGAACAUGACGUAUGAAAAAGCGACAGCUAUAAUGCAGAAACUUCAGCAAGAGAAAAUGAUUUGCCACGCGUCAGGUGACACUUUUAAUCGCUACGUUGUUGGUUAUUAUAUGUAUCACAUGCUACCACAAAAGAAUAUAAAGGAAUUAACAGAUUACGUAAAUCCUCUGGGAGAUCUCCAAAGCUUCGAAAACGAGUGGAUGGAAGUUGAAGUUCUGGGGCCAAGGUCGCCGCUACUGCCACCUGAAAUGACCUCCGGUGCGAUAGACAUUUCUGGCUCUAGCCCUGUUACUAAUGAAUCUGGCAUCCCUGCCUUCCUCUGUGAUAAUAUUGAUCCUAAUUACAUGCAACUGGAAAGCGACGAUAUGCCUUUGUACAAAAACACGCAUUUAGACAUUGACGUAAACAAUAAAAGCGAUCGCAUAGAGUGGGGACACGCGCGAUACCAGGCCACGUUCCGGCCGGACCAGGCUUACGAAAUGUGCAUACAGUGGGCCAUUGCGAGUGGAAAUAUCGUCGCCGAACUGAUAAUCGGCUGGUUCCGUAAAGCACAAACAUGUCGCCUUCAAAUGGUGCCAAUACCCGCCGAUCCUCUUGCGUUGCCGUUUACCGAAAAAUCGGAUCCCCUACGUGGACCUAUCUACGUACCAUUGAAUGAAGAACCGCUUUUAAGAGGCAAAAGCGCAUUGUUUGAGGGUUUCCCAGAAGACACGUGGCUGGAGAGAUUGUUCCUCUUCCAAGAGGCAAUCGUCGGUCGCUUCGGCUUUAUCAAAUGUACGGUAGAGAGUACGUCACACGCCGCUGACGUAGGCGACCAUCUUUACGUGCAUGUCACUGGGAACAUGUUCAUACUGAUCCCCACUACGGUGAAAUCCGAGCAGAAGGGCCUAAGGGCCAAACCUGUGAACAAACUGGUCAACGCUGGCAGGUAUCCUGUCCACCCGGAGGCUGCGCCCAGUCCGCACGAGGGCUACAUCACGCGGCAUGUCGAUGUGAAGAACAGAGACUGUUACGACACUAGUCGACGGAUGGGAUUUUUAUGGUCCUGGAAUCACAUGAUAUCAAAGAAGUGGAAGGGAUCGCAGGCUCCCGCAGCAGGAGAUGAAGUAUUUCAGAUACGAAUGCUACGAGAUUUUAAACAUUUUUGUGCUAAUCAUGAACAAAGGUUGAGUCAGUUCUGGGACCAAUGUUGGGAAAUUCGGGAGAAAGCCACCGGAAUAAAAUGUUGCUAAAGGUUAUGUAAAUUUUUAAUAAAUAAUAUACCUUAGCUA